AUGUCUACUAUGCAAAGUUUCUUCGCCUCCUAUGAUGCGCGUCAGAAAGUGCUUGCAUCAAGCACCAACCCUUUCGCCAACGGUGUCGCGUGGGAGGAAGGAGAAUUGGUCCCUCUGCAUGAGGCGCGCAUCCCUAUCCUUGACCAAGGAUUCAUGCAUAGUGAUCUUACAUACGAUGUUCCUUCCGUCUGGGACGGACGUUUCUUCCGCCUCGAUGAUCACAUCACCCGAUUAGAGGCAAGCUGCAACAAACUACGUCUGAAGUUGCCGCUCCCCCGUGAGGAGGUAAAACACACCCUUGUGGAAAUGGUCGCGAAGAGUGGAAUUCGCGAUGCCUUUGUCGAGAUCAUCGUUACCCGCGGUCUCAAGGGAGUUCGAGGUACCAACCCAAAGGACAUUCGCAACAACCUCUAUAUGUUCAUCCAGCCAUAUAUGUGGGUGAUGGAGCCCGAAGUACAGCCAGUCGGUGGCAGCGCAAUCGUUGCGCGGACUGUUCGCCGUGUGCCGCCAGGAUCGAUGGACCCGACUGUUAAGAACUUGCAAUGGGGGGACUUGACUCGCGGUCUUUUUGAGGCUGCGGAUCGAGGCGCCACAUAUCCUUUCUUGACCGACGGCGACACCAACCUCACUGAGGGAUCCGGUUUCAAUAUCAUUCUUGUGAAGGACGGUGUUCUGUACACCCCCCAGCGUGGUGUUCUUGAGGGCGUGACGCGCAAGAGUGUUAUUGACGUUGCGCGAAGCAACGGCCUGGAGAUUCGAGUUGAGCUUGUGCCUGUACAGAUGGCCUAUGAUGCAGAUGAGAUCUUCAUGUGCACUACCGCCGGUGGCAUCAUGCCCAUCACCAAUCUGGAUGGCAAGCCUGUGAAUGAUGGCAAGCUCGGUCCAAUUACGAAGAGGAUCUGGGACGGAUACUGGGCCAUCCACUACGACGAUGGUUAUAGCUUCGAGAUCGACUACAAGGAUGGUCAGAAGAGUACUACCAGUGGAUUUGCUCAAUAA